AUGGCUCCCCGCGUCCCUAACAAACGGAUCUCGGUGAUCGGUGGUGGUGGCAUGGUUGGGGCAGCUACUGUGAAUGCCUUGAUCCUUAAGGGCGUUGCUGCUGAACUUUUGAUUGUUGAUGUUGCUCCGAAGGCCGCGGAGGGACAGGCUCUUGACAUCGCCGACGCCUCUUUCAACUCCCCCGGAGUCGUCCGAGUUGGUUCGUACGCUGAAGCGGGCCAGUCUGACUUAGUGAUCAUCACCGCAGGCUACCCCCAGAAGCCGGGUGAGCCGAGGUCGAAGCUCCUUGGAACCAACAAGUCCAUCAUGAAUGACAUAUGCACGCAAAUGCAACCUAUUCGUCCUGACAUGAAGAUUCUUGUUGUUGCCAACCCGGUAGAUGUCCUGACUCACAUUGUCUGGCAGUCUUCAAAGCUGCCUAAGAAUCAGGUGUUUGGCUCCGGGACCUACCUCGACUCUGGUCGCCUCCGCUCGCAGAUCGCUUCAAUGAUUGAUGUGCAUCCUCAGAGCAUAAAUGCAUACGUCCUUGGCGAACACGGCGACCGUCAAUUCGUCGCCUGGUCCGCAGCCAGAAUCCAGAACACCCCUCUGUUAGAUCACCCGAAGUUGAAGGGCAUUGAACUUGACAGCAUCCGCCAGGAAGUCAUGAGAAAGGCUUACGCCAUUAUUGAGGCCAAACGAUCUACCUACUUUGGUAUCGGCAUGUGUUCUGCUACCAUUGCUGAGAGUGUGUUGAACAACACUCAGGAAGUGUAUCCUCUUGUCCAUUGGGUCGAGGCUCAUCAAGCUUAUAUCUCGUGGCCUUGCACUGUGGGCUCUAAUGGCGUUGAUCAGAGCUUUGAUGUGCCUCUUAAUGAGCAAGAGCAGAAGGCUUUGGGGGUAGCGGUUGCUGCUAUCAAGGACAUGGUUAAGGAAGCGGAGUCUAUUGAGGAGCCUCGUAAAGAUUAA